CUGUCUUUGAGUGACUACAGCGCUGCUGAUCGAAAGGAACGAGGAACCACACAGAGGAAGAGUUUGAUCUGCUGUUCAGCAUCAUGGCAUCUGCGGCCCCUCAGAAGAGGAUGGUGUCGUCCGUCUUCAUCACGCUGGCGUCUCCGUUCACACCGACGGCUCGCGUCCACAGCACACCCGCCGCCGCCUACAGACGGGACAGCACACGCCACACCGACACGCCCACUCCAGACCCAGUUGUGACCCGUGCCCCUCCCGCCCCUGCUGACCUCCCUCCUCCUCGUGACCCCUGUGACCCCUGUGACCCUCAGCCCGCACCGCCGGCCGCCCCUGCACAGGAGAGCGCUGCGGGUAAAGCGCUGCUGAGGCCGGCGCCCUCUGCUGGAGGACACGUGAACGAGCUGUCAGCUGAUGUGUGUGGAUUCUGCCGUAAGCCGGUGCCGCUGUCCGAACCCGCCAUCGAGGCUCUGAACCGGACGUACCACGCCGCGUGCUUCCGGUGCCGGCAGUGCCACGCUCCGCUGGCAGCCAAGAUCUACUACAACAAAUCUGGCAUUCCUCUGUGUGACGACUGCUACCAGGCCAGUCUGGAGCCGUGCUGGGCCUGCGGUGACGUCAUCAAGGACCAUGUGAUCCGAGCGCUGGAACGAGCCUAUCACCCGCCCUGUUUCGUGUGCGCGACGUGCAGACAGCCAAUCGGAGAGCAGAGGUUUGCGCAGGGCGAAGUGGGCGAGGUUUACUGCCUGCGGGACUACUACAGGAAAUACGCGCCGCAGUGUCGCGUGUGCGGAGAGCUGAUCAUCCCGCGCGAGGACGGAACCGACAGCUACACGGUGGAGUGCUUGGGUCACUCGUACCACGAGGACUGUUACCGCUGUGAGGUGUGCAGUGUGCUGCUGUCUCCGGAGCCCAACGAGACCGGCUGCCACCCGCUGGAUGGACAGAUCCUGUGUAAACCGUGCCACGAGUCGCUGAUCCAGAGCGCACUGCAUUAAACCAUGUGAUGAUGAUGAUGAUGAUGACGACACACCGAUUGUAUUAGAAACUGCAGCAUUGGGACCAUUAAUGCUUUCUUACCCUGACAGCACACGCACAUCUCCGAGACGUCUGCAAGAGUGUUUGCUCAUCUGCUAUACAUCUACAGGACGCUUCCUAUCAGAUGUUUGUACACAGCAGAUGAAGAGAUCUUUAACAGACGUCUCGCAGACGUGCGUGUGCUGCCUUACCAUUCCUCUGAUUAUAUCAAUGUAUCCGACAUAUCAACUGUAAUGUGGUCUUUUGCACUCUUUCUUGUAAUAUGCGCCAAAUGCAAAGCACCAAAGAUAUUUAUUCAGCAGCAGGAACACCAAAACCCCAUAUUCAGUGUUAUUUCCAGUGUAAUAGGAACACACCCGACUCAAAUAAACGACUAAUAUAUGGUA